UUGAUACUGAGAGAAAAACAUGGAGGAAACGCCAGCACGAUGAUUCAGAUAUAUUUCAAACAAAGUAUUUUGAUAUGGGCACUUCGGGUAGAGGUAACAACUGGUCGCAUGGAUUUCUUGAGGAAUCCAAGUUGGAUCAGAUAUUGGAUUCGUUUCGACGAUUGGCAGAAGCGUCGUUUCGUUAUGAUGGAUGUAUGAUCACACACAGUUUAGCUGGUGGUACAGGAUCUGGGCUUGGUUCAAGAAUGGCUCUAGAAUUGCGUGAUUUAUAUCCUAAAAACUAUAUCAUGUCAUGCUCCUUUGCGCCUUUCAGCUCUGGAGAGACUGCUCUGCAAAACUAUAAUGCAUUGUUGACAUUGGCAUCUCUGCAAUCAAGUGCUGAUUUUAUUGGAGUGUUUUCAAAUGAUGCAAUAUUAAAUACUGUCACCAAACAGUUGGGUUUGGAUUCAAGCCGUAAUACGCCUUGUGUUAGUAUAGACACACUCAACUAUUGGGCAUCUCAAACACUUGCAGGAAUCAUGCUUCCAAUAUCUCCAGUUUCUCUCGAUCCCAUAAAUUUUUGUGACAAUUCUUUAAAUCGAUACACUGGUCAAGAAUCAAACAAGGUAGUAGUGUCAGACUCGGUCAAACCCUUUUCAGGAUGGGAUCUUAUUACUCGCGUUACACCAAUGCCUUCAAUGAAACUGGCAAUGUUUUCAUCAUCACAAUCAAUAUAUACAGCUUCAAAAAACAUACCCAAACACGCACAUACUAUAGAUAGCUGGGAAGACCAUUUCACGCAACUUCAUAGAAACAUGUCUUUGCCAGUAGGACAUCGUCGAAAUUGCAUCGGUGCGCAACUUAAUAUCCGUGGUGUUCAAGGUGUCGAGUUUUGGAAAAGAUGGCCAGAAAUGCAGAGUAAAUGGUUAUUAAAACUUGGGCUUUCUACUCCCAAUACUUGCUUGGAUGUGAGAAUGUCGUACAUUUAUGGGCUUGAUAUGCAUUCCAAGCAACGAUCUUUGGACCUGUGCUAUAAUUCUGAUGAUAUUGUGCCAAUUGUAAAAAAGGUGUAUGACCAGGCUCUACAUAUGUAUUCCCAGCGCGCGUACGUUCAUUGGUAUGAGCGAUAUAUGCAAAGCCGCACCGAUGAAAUGUUUAGCGAGUCUUUUGAAGCUGUAAACUCUAUUUUGGAUUCAUAUUCAACACUUUCUACAAAUCAUUUGUUAUAAAGUUGAAUAAAAUAUAAACAUUUAUCUAGUGUUAUAAUU